CCCCGAGUUACGAGCGGUUCCGGUUCCGGGGCGCCGGGCGCAUGCUGGUGGAGAUGCGGCCGCUGACGGAUGAGGAGACGCGGCUCCUGUUCGAGAAAUUGGCCAAAUAUAUUGGAGAAAAUAUUAAGCUACUGGUUGAUAGACCUGAUGGAACCUAUUGCUUCCGCUUGCACAACAAUCGUGUUUAUUAUGUAAGUGAGAAAAUUCUGAAAUUGGCAACAAAUAUUUCUCGAGAUAAACUUGUUUCACUUGGAAGCUGCUUUGGGAAAUUCACCAAAACUUCAAAAUUCCGCCUUCACAUUACGGCACUUGACUAUCUGGCUCCUUAUGCUAAGUACAAAGUGUGGGUGAAACCUGGCUCGGAACAAUCUUUCUUGUAUGGAAAUCAUAUAUUGAAAUCUGGUUUGGGUCGAAUUACAGAAAAUACAGCUCAGUACCAAGGUGUAGUGAUAUACUCCAUGGCUGAUGUUCCACUGGGUUUUGGAGUUGCUGCAAAAUCAACUCAGGAGUGUCGGAAAGUAGACCCAAUGGCAAUCGUUGUGUUUCAUCAAGCUGAUAUUGGUGAAUAUAUUCGACAUGAAGAUACCUUGACAUAAAUUCACCAAAAAAACUAUUAAUAUUGAACUGAGCUUAUGAAUAGACCUCUGUUUUUCUUCUAGUGUUCUCUGAAGAAAAUGUAAGAUAAGAAUUUCAGAACAAUAUCAACUUGCAAGAAUAUUGCAAGUUAUAUUUUGUAAGUCUAAGUUAUAUUUUGUAAGUCUAGCAAGUUGUUCUUCAGAACUGUUUAAAGAUUGUUAACAGGUACACAAGUAUUAUUGGAAAUUCAAACUACUUAGAUUUUUUUUUGUUUGGUUUUAAAUUGUUCCUUGCAUCCUAAAAUCUUCUUUUACAUAAUGUUGGUUUAAAUUAUCAUCUAUUAUAGUUGGAAAACACCGCAGCCCUAAUUUGAUUACAUAUUUUAUUAUACAAAAUUAAAGGAUCAUUUUUUCUCAGCACUGUGAUUAAAACAUUUUUAAAACUGAUUAAAAUGAGUGAAGAUUUUGUGUUCGGAAGUAAUUUUUAGAUCUUGUUUUUACAGUAAAUAUUAGCUGGAGCUUGACAGGUGGAAGAAAAUCCAGUUAAGAAGUUGAGCUGGAUUUCCCUUUCUAUUAAGUCUCACUGAACACCAAAAUAUGAAACAUCAUUGAUAGUCAACUCUGUCCCGUUGUAUUGUGAAACUAUCCUGUUAUUGCUGUCCCUGUCUGGUUUGUCCUGUCAAUGCAGAAUGCACAAAAAAUGCCAAUAU